AUGGCUUCAAAUAAUGUAGUUCUUUCAGGUAGUGACAACAUGAGAAAUCAAGCCAAGUUUGUGGCUUGCAUAUCAGAAGGGAUGAGGAAGAGAGGGUGUGGGAAAUCUAAAAUUUAUGUUGAUAAGAUUAAAAGUAAUCCAAGCUUCAAUGUAAAGGUGGGAGUAGGUGUCAUGGCCGUGACUUUGAAUGGCAUAGUGAAAGACAAUGCAAAGGAAAAACCUGAAUCUAAUACCAUGGCUUUUGUGGACAGAAUGAUGACACUGAUUCAAAUCGUUCUUGCCUUGAGUGCUUUAGCAGCAAGCGCAGAUGCGUUCGUUGCUAUUGGUGUUAACUACGGAAGACUAGGAGACAACCUGCCACCUCCGGCCGAGGUUGUCCAACUCUACCAGAAGAACGGCAUAACCAAGGUGAGGCUAUUCGACCCUGACACAGCCGUUCUUGACGCCCUCAGAAACACCAACAUUGAUCUUACUCUCGGCAUUCGAAACGAGGAUCUGCCAACCAUGGCCGCUAAUAUCGAAGCCGUGAACAAGUGGUUCGCAACCUACGUAGAACCAUACUCUCAGGACAUUGUCUUUCGUUUUAUAGUUGUCGGAAACGAGGUGGUUCCUGGGAAUCUGGCUAACUACGUGCUGGCAGUGAUGCAGAAUCUUCAAAGCAUACUCGAUGCUUUUCAUUUAAGUGGCAUUUCUGUGACCACCUCUGUGCCUAUCUCUGUCUUGGGGACUUCGUAUCCACCUUCGCUCUCUGUCUUCUCAGACCAAUCAAGAGAGGUUAUGACUGGGAUUCUGGGGUUCCUGUCAGCUCAAGCGAAUCCUCUUCUGGUUAAUUUGUAUCCAUAUUUUGCAUAUGCGUCUGACCCUCGAAACAUACGGUUGGACUAUGCUCAGUUCAAUGCGAAGGACGUGGUGGUUCAGGACGGAAGCUUUGGGUAUUCCAACAUGCUUGAUGCUAUGAUAGAUGCGUUUUUCUGGGCGAUGGAAAAAGUGGGGGUUGCUGACGUGGACGUUGUGGUGUCUGAGAGUGGCUGGCCUUCUGGUGGUAAUGGCGACCUCACAACUGUAUCAAUGGCUGCUACUUACAAUCAGAACUUUGUGAGACGCAUUGCUUCCCAGGCAGGAACACCAAAGAGACCUGAAGCUUUCAUCGAAGGUUUUGUGUUUGCCAUGUUCAAUGAGAAUCUUAAGCCUGCUGGUGUGGAGCAACAUUUCGGACUGUUCUAUCCCAACAUGCGACCUGUUUAUCCAGUUUUCCCUGUUUCGCAUUAG